AUGGUAUAUUCUGACCCCUUUGUGCAUUUAAGUGUAACUGAUUCACAUAUUAACUAUGAUCUUCCUAAAAUGCAUGGGAAUGAGACUCCAUCAGAUUGGAAGGAUCGAAUUUGGAAUACAUUAAUGGAAUAUAGAAAAAAUCAUCUUUUAACUGAUUAUAAUAAGAGAUAUCUUAUUGCAAGAAAACAAACAUAUUUAUUAUAUCAGUGUAAUGUUUGGUUCGGAGUAAAUAUAGGAAUAUGCUAUUCUUGUAAUCAGCUCGUCUAUUCCAAAUUAGGAAGCAGAUAUGAGUAUUUCCAUGCAUACUUUAUGGAUAAGCAUUGGUGUACAAAUUGUACUGGAAAUGAAUAUUGUGAUAUGAGUUUCGAAGACUACAUGAAGCUGAAAAAUAAUCCUCCACCUUGCUAUUUCACAAAGAAAGCAAUCUGUCAAUAUAAGAUGUGGUUGGAAAAUGUAUCAAAUAGGAUUAGACGUAUCAGGCAAAAGCAUAAGGUGCAAAGUAAUGUAAACACUACACCUAGCAAGCCUCACUAUAUUUAUAACCAGCAAAAAAAUAUCUGUAUAAACAAUACUUUCUUAACUCCUUUUCUGAAAAAGCCUGUCCAAUACCAGAGUUACUAUUCCCAAAGGGAAUCUUGGAUGGAUAAGUCAUAUUCAUUGACCCCUUCUCCUUUACCACCAAAGCCUAUUGCAUUAAUGAAUAGCUUUGAGAGAUACAUUAUGUAA